GGCGAUAAAUUCCAUUGAAACGCGAAUUAAUCCACCAAACUUUGAUAAUUUUUUUCGCGAAAACUAUCAAUUUACAAAUAUAAGUUCUCAUAACAGAUCAUUUUUUUUUUUUUUACAUAUCAUAUAUCCGGCUUCGCUAUAAGUGACCGUAUAUCCUGUAUAUUGUUAUACCGCUAAAACCUCCUGUGAGUGUAUAUAUCUUUCUGCGUCAGCGCUUAUCUAAAUCCCGCCAUCACACGAUACCGCUGUAUCAAUUGUAUUUAUUUGUUCAUCAUUUUAUUAUAUUUUCGAAUAAAUUUAUAGAAUAAAUAUGUAAUAUAAACUCUAUACGGGUUUGAUCAUCUUUAUUUUCUAUCUAAGUGAGAUUGUGAAAAUAUAAGCAAGUAAAGUACUUAGAUUUGCAUGGUGAUAAUUGCAAGCGUCCUAACCUAAAGCGUCAAUCAUGGCAAACGUUUCUCUUGAUAAAGAAACAUUUUUCCGUCGUAUGAAACGCUUAUAUACAGGAUGGAAGGAUGGAGAAGUGGGGACAGACGACAGCUUUAGUAAGAUGGAUUGUCUAGUUUCGGCAGUUGGAACAGAUGAAGAUAUUAUUUAUAGUAAAUCCAUGGCUUUACAAACAUGGUUACUGAGCUAUGAACUAACUGAUACAAUAAUGAUUCUGGCUGAAGAAUGUAUCUGCUUUCUGUCGAGCAAAAAGAAAAUUGAAUUCUUGAGACAAGUCGAAAAUGAAAAAAUUGAAGAUACUGGAGUACCACCGGUCAAAUUAUUUGUUAGGAAUAAGAGCGAUGAAGAUAAAGCAAACUUUAAUAAAUUGAUAGAAAUAAUAAAAGGAAGUAAAAAAGGUAAAACAUUAGGUGUUUUUUCCAAAGAAAACUAUCCUGGAGCUUUCAUGGAUGCUUGGAGAGCUGCUUUAAAGCAACAGUCAUUCGAUACUAUUGAUGUUAGUGCUGCUGCAGCUUAUGUAAUGUGCCCUAAAGAAGAUAUUGAAAUUUUGACGAUUAAAAAAGCUUGCGUAGUUUCAGUUGAUGUCUUUACAAAAUAUUUAAAAGAUCAGAUUAUGGAAAUAAUUGAUUCAGACAAAAAAGUUAAACAUUCAAAAUUAGCAGAGGGUGUUGACACUGCUGUAACAAAUAAAAAAUUUGUAACAGGAGUUGAUAUAUCACAGGUAGAUAUGUGUUAUCCAGCUAUUAUUCAAAGUGGAGGAAAUUAUACAUUGAAAUUCAGCGUUGUAAGUGAUAAAAAUAUUUUACAUUUUGGGGUAAUAAUUUGUUCACUCGGUGCUCGAUACAAAUCAUACUGUUCAAAUAUUGUUCGUACUUUGUUGGUUAAUCCAACUACGGCGAUUGAAAAUAAUUACAAUUUUUUAUUGGCACUUGAAGAAGAAAUUUUAAAAAAAUUGACUCAUGGAACAAAAAUAAGUUCAGUUUAUGAAGCAGGAAUAAAAUAUGUAAAACAAGAAAAACCAAAUUUAUUAGAUCAUUUAACAAAAAAUUUUGGAUUUGCAAUGGGAAUUGAAUUUAGAGAAAGUUCUUUAUUAAUUGGACCGAAAACUCAUGCUGUAGCAAAAAAAGGAAUGGUUUUCAAUGUUAAUGUUGGUCUUUCAAAUUUAACAAACCCUGACGCAACUGAUAAGGAAGGAAAAACUUAUGCUUUAUUUAUUGGAGAUACUGUAGUUGUUGCUGAUGCAAAUCAACCGGCAACGGUUCUCACUAACUCAAAGAAAAAAGUUAAAAAUAUUGGAAUUUAUUUAAAAGAUGAAGAAGAAGAUGAAGAGGAAGGCAGUGGAAAAGAGAAUGAAUCUAAACCAGAAAUUUUAGGGCGAGGAAAAAGAACUGCGGUAAUUGAAUCAAAACUUAGAACCGAACAUAGUUCUGAAGAAAAACGUAAACAACAUCAAAAAGAACUUGCUCAACAACUUAAUGAAAUAGCGAAAGCACGUUUAGCUCAACAAUCUGGUGGUAAAGAACAAGAAAAAAUACGUAAAUCAACAGUGUCAUAUAAAAGUUUAAAUCAUAUGCCACGAGAAUCAGAAGUAAAAGAGCUUAAAUUAUAUGUUGAUAAAAAAUACGAAACCGUAAUUCUUCCAAUUUUUGGAAUUCCUGUUCCGUUUCAUAUAUCAACGAUAAAAAAUAUUUCUCAAUCAGUAGAAGGAGAUUAUACUUACCUUAGAAUAAACUUUUUUCAUCCGGGAGCUACGAUGGGUCGAAACGAAGGUGGAACUUAUCCACAACCUGAUGCGACCUUUGUUAAAGAAGUAACAUAUCGAAGUACAAACACCAAAGAACCUGGUGAAAUAUCAGCGCCGUCAUCAAAUUUAAAUACAGCGUUUAGAUUAAUCAAAGAAGUUCAAAAAAAAUUUAAAAAUCGUGAAGCUGAAGAAAGAGAAAAAGAAGAUCUUGUCAAACAAGAUACUUUAAUUUUAUCUCAAAAUAAAGGUAACCCUAAACUUAAAGAUCUUUAUAUAAGGCCCAAUCUUGCUACCAAAAGAAUGACUGGAGGUUUAGAAGCUCAUACAAAUGGAUUUCGAUAUACUUGUGUUCGGGGAGACAAAGUUGAUAUCCUUUAUAAUAACAUAAAAAAUGCAUUUUUUCAACCUGGUGAUGGUGAAAUGAUUAUUCUUCUUCAUUUUCAUCUUAAACAUGCAAUAAUGUUUGGAAAAAAAAAACAUCUUGAUGUUCAAUUUUAUACCGAAGUCGGAGAAAUUACAACAGAUUUAGGAAAACAUCAACAUAUGCAUGAUCGCGAUGAUCUUGCUGCUGAACAAUCAGAACGAGAACUUCGACAUAAACUCAAAACAGCUUUUAAAAGCUUUUGUGAAAAAGUUGAUGCUAUGACUAAGCAAGAAAUUGAAUUCGAUACUCCAUUUAGAGAGCUUGGUUUUCCUGGAGCGCCGUUUAGAAGCACUGUUUUACUUCAACCUACCAGUGGAUGUCUUGUUAAUCUUACAGAGUGGCCACCAUUUGUCAUCACUCUCGAAGAUGUUGAAUUAGUACAUUUUGAACGUGUACAAUUUCAUUUGAAAAAUUUUGAUAUGAUUUUUGUUUUCAAAGAUUAUCAUAAAAAAAUCGCUAUGGUUAAUGCUAUUCCCAUGAACAUGCUGGAUCACGUGAAGGAAUGGUUAAAUUCUUGUGACAUAAGAUAUUCUGAAGGUGUUCAAUCUCUUAAUUGGACAAAAAUAAUGAAAACAAUAACCGACGAUCCUGAAGGGUUUUUUGAAAGUGGUGGUUGGACAUUUUUAGAUCCAGAAAGCGAUGCUGAAAAUGAAGAUGUUGAAGAUGAAGAAGAAGAAGAAGAUGACGCUUAUGAACCUUCAGAUAUGGAUAGUGAAGAAGAAUCUGAUGAUGAUUCGGAUUAUUCAGAAGCAUCUGAAGAGUCAGAUAGUGAAGAAGAAGAACUUGGAAGUUCAGAAGAGUCAGGAAAAGAUUGGUCUGAUCUCGAACGAGAAGCUGCAGAAGAAGAUAAAGAGCGUGGUGAUAAUCGAUAUGAAGAUUAUAGCAAGAAAAAAAAGACCAAACAUGAAUCUCCAUCAAAACAUAGACAUAGUUCGAAACACAAAAGUACUUCAAACUCUAAACAUUCUUCUAGAGACAAAGAUAGAAGAUCUUCGGAUAAACACAGAAUGGACCGAUCACGGAGUGGGAGAUCACACAAGAAAGUGUCUCCUUCCAAAUCGUCCAAACACAGUCCCAAAAAGAGUGAUAAACACGAUAAGCACAAGUCAUCAUAUUCUUCAUCAAACAGUAAAAAAAGGUCACGUGAUGAGAGCUCUGAUAGAAAAAUUUCCAAAAAGUCCAAAAAAUAAAAUUGAAAAAAAGUCAGAAGAUGUAUU